UUUAAAUUCUUAGGACAAAAAAAAAAUAAAUCAAAACAUUUGUUUUGUUUGAUGUUUUUUCCAUUAUCACCAUAAUACCAACUCCACAGGACUCAGCAUUCACAACUACUUGGUCUUCACCACCUUCAACAAUUCUUUGCAAUGGAGCUUCACGUUGGUAAUUCCUUCGUCUCGAAAGCUCGAACCGUUCUCCAUUCUGCUGCUGUCAAAGCUGAGCGUGUUCUCAAUGACUUCAAAUCUGAUCUUGCUGGUGAAGAUUUUGAUAAGCAUUUGCGUGAGGAUGACGGAAUGCAAAGAAAUCAGGAAGAUGACUAUGCCAAGGAUGAGAAUGAGUCAAAGUUUCUUGUUGAACUGAAGCAGAUAAAGUGGAGACCUCGACAUUUCGGAACAAAGCAGCACUGGAAAGAUAGAAUUAACAAUAUUCGGAAAGGGAGGAAAGAAUCCGAAGAUACAGAUAAAGUUGAAGAUGCAAGCAUGGAUGUUAUUCCACUAUUUGAUGAAAUGUGUGUCCUUCAUGUGGAAAAUGAUCUUGAUGCCAAGGGUUCAGAAGCGUUUUCCUCGGUUGAAGGUUUAACUGUUGCGGCUAGAAGGCUUAUUCCUCCAUCUUCUGUCCUAAAGCAAUUGGCUAUCGCUGUUGAGGCUGGUAUGAAAGCAAAUUCAAUGAAAAAUUUUGCAGCUUCAACAGAAGGUUCUUCACCUUCCAUAGAGAAGGCAGGGUUGCGUCUCUCUGCAGUGAAGGCAUUAGUGCUACGUGAGAAGGAGGACAAACUUACCUCUGAAUUCACCAGCAAAGAGAAAUUUGUGUAUUUGAUUAGUUCUCUUUUCAAUCCAGAGGGGUAUUUCCUUAGAAGGAAGAUCAACUCCAAUCAAGAGGAGAUUGAGAUACCAUCUUUAAUAAGAGAUAUUCAUGGUGCUCCUCCUGAAAGCCUUGUUGUUAAACUAGCUGAAGUAAUCGGAAACUUGAAGACCCUUCGAGAAAUGGAAAUUUUUUGGUGCAGGGUUAUUGCUGAAAUAAGAAAACUUUGGUCCGAAGAAAAGCAUUUACCUGGAGUCCCCCUUGAUGACAUUCCAGAUCUGAAGUCAUGUCUUCUCAAUCAACAAUUUCAAGUAAUUAACUGCUGCAUCUCUCGGAAAAGGCGCCAUAUCAUUGCAAGUGAAUCCCUGGACUAUAUGUUGAUGGAAGCAAAUUCAAACAAUACACCGGAAUCAACAAACUGUUGUGAUGGUACUUCUGCAAGUCGCUUAUUAUAUGCUCGAUUAAGUACUGGAGAGCUUGUUCUUCGACUUGGUGCUCAUUGUCCAUCCGGAAACCUUACGUUAUUGGAAACUGGCGAGCCUGCAUACUCUCCUAUCACCCAGGAAGCACCGUUGCUUACAGAAGAUCUGAUCAAAGAGACUGAGGAGCUUAUACUGCAGACGGGGAGUUUUGGUGCCGGGUGCUCCCAACUCCUGUCUGAUAUGCAGGCUUUCAAGGCUGCAAAUCCCGGUUGUAUUUUGGAAGACUUUGUGAGAUGGUACUCUCCUCCUGAUUGGACUGAAAUUGAGGCAAGUACUGAGGAUAGUUGUUCUUCUGAUGGUAGUGGUAGCGAUUCUUCGUCUAACAGAGGUCAUCUAAGUCGACGGAUGCGAAAAGAAGGUAAUUUGUGGCGCGAAUUGUGGGAAACAUCUAAGCCAGUACCUGCUGUGAAACAAGCACCUCUCUUUGAUGAGGAUUUGACAGUGGAGGGCAUCCUUGAUGCAUUUAAGGACAUUCAGCCAGUUGAGCUUUUUGGACAGCUGUUUGUUUCACUACUUGGUUUAGGAUUUACAAUUGCUGAACCUUUGCUGUCUGGUAACGAUGACUUCUCAAAGUUGUUCAAUGACUGCAAGGAGUUUGUAGUUACCACUUGUCAAAGUAUCAGAUUCGGUGAGAAAAUUGAUGAACUUGUUCAGGUAUAUGAAACAGUGGAGACACUGUUGCAGAAUCCUGAGGAGGCAUUGAAGUUGAUGAAGCAUUCAGAAGAAUCAACUGUGACUACCGGUGAAACAAAGCGCCGGUUCAAGAAGCUCAGCCAUAUCUUUGCUGGCAAAGAUAAACUGUUGUCAAGGUCUUUUCGGAAAGACCAAAUCAACGAUGAAGAAAAAGGGAGUCGACAAUCUUUUUCAAGUUUCUUUGACAGGAAGUCAUCUUUAUUCUCAAAGAAGCCUCCCAAACGUGGAAACUUGGCCGCUGCUGAGACAACUCACUCUCUGGAAGAUGAUUGGACAAUAAUUUAAUUGAAUUUCAGCUUCACCCUAUGUAGGAUAGCAACAACUGUAAAUUAUAUAUAUGUUCCUACUUUCUCAUACAAAUGUCAAAUUGCAAAAUUCUUACCUGUGAUCAUGAAAAUGAUUGAGAUUCGAUGUGGUAAUAGCAGCAAAUGAUGAUUUUAGUUUGUCAGGAUAUUAAGAGUGUGUAAUUUGGAUGUAUGAUUCUAGGAAUGGAUUAACAAUGAGAAUAACUGAUUUGCUCACCAAGGCAACAUCAAGGCAAACAACUGACUUA